UGCUCUCUCAGGCCACCGUGACAGAUCUGGGCGUUGGACUGGGGGAUGAAUAAACAGUGAAUGCACCAGAUCUGGGGUUUCAGAGAAGGACUCCGAUCCGCCAGGGAUCCCCCUUUCAACUCGACCCACGCCACAAGUGGCUUUUAGCAUCCUCUGGGAUCGUGCCCCUGCUGGAGGAACUUUAAUGCACGUUGGGCUGGCUUCCUAGGAGCUACCCUUGCAGGAGGAGCUGCACGCUUUGGAACUUGGUAAGUCUUUGGUGGUGAAAUCCCAGCUCUAUCAGCAAAGCCCCCAGACAAGCAAAGAGAGGGGCGCUUUCUACGGGCCUUUCUCUUCCCUGAACUGUGACUCAUCUCCAAAGCGCCGUGCAAUCUGGAGACGCGCAUUUACAAGAAAAUAAGCGUGUGGCAAACACGCGCAAUUGUAUUUGGAUGAGCCUCACACGGCAAGACCAUUAGAAAGCCGGGCGGGUGGAGCGCGGCAGAAAGCAAAGAGGCAACAGCGGCAGCAAAGUCUGGUGCAUUUAAAGGAGGCUGACGCCUCUCUUCAGGCCUUUGUCAAGCGCUGGGGGAUCCCGCGGGUGGAGGAGUGUUUGAGGAGCAGGGUGAAUGGGUUGGUUCCCCCAAGGAUUAAGGAGACCAGGGGGCGUGUAUUCCCCCCGCCCCAACUGCUGAGGAGCGGGGGUCCGAUCACCCCCUCCCCAGCCCCGCUGCGCCCUUCGCGUUCCCGGGGCGCGCGGCGGCCGCUUGCACGGUGCCCGCCGGGGCUGGCGGAGCGGGCCUUUCCCCCGCUGCAGCCGCCUGCCCCUCGCCAGAGGGCAGUGGGGAGUCUCCCGCGGCUCUCCCGGCCCGCAGCCCUGCCCGGAGCCCGCAGGCUGGGGCGGGGGCUCGGUUGGAGGCAAGCGGAGCGCCGGGCCAGUGGCACGGAUGCCCCCUGCAGCCGCCUCGCCGCGCACAAAUCGCAGGGGGCCGGGCGGAUCCUGUGGGGACGGGGAGGCCCGCACGGGAGUCCCCGACCCCACCCUGCCAGCGCCGCCGUGUAGGGCGCGGCCGCUCUGGGGCGCUGCCGGGACGUGCGGCUCCCCCAAGCCGUGGGCUCGCCUCUUCCCCACGUGGGCCGAGGAGAUUUGCGCGGCGCUGGGGGGGAAGCGCCGAGUCGGGCGUGAGUAAAAGUCCCCUAGGGCGGCAGCGAACCAGCGAGCGGCUUUUUUUUUUUUUUUUUUUUCCCCCCUCCUGGGGGAUUAUUUAUAGCCGGCUCCGCUGCCUGGCCGGGCUCCCUCUGCCUGACCCAGGGACACACCCUGCGGCACAGACGCACUCCGGGGCGUUGCUCCUCGUUCAAGGAGAAACUUUAUAACUUCGCGCUUUGCCCUCCUCGCCUCCCUCUCUCCAGCCCCCUGGCUCCGUUUGCUGCGGGCAAAGGGGCUGGCGCAUACCCGCACCCCCCCCCAGCUGGAUUUGCUCCUUUGCUCCGGUUUGAUCUUUUGGGGCCAGUCGAGCCUCUGGGACGCCGCUUGGUGGGUGACUAUUGCAGAGAAAUCUUUCCAAAACUUCAGCCAAAAUGCUCCUUUUGUUGCUGGGGAUCAUCGUGCUCCAUGUUGCGGUUCUGGUGCUGCUCUUUGUCUCAACAAUUGUUAGUCAAUGGCUCAUCGUUAAUGGGCGUACGGCAGACCUAUGGCAGAACUGCAGCACUUUAGGGGUCCAGAGUUCCUUUCAGUGCGUAACAUCCUCCACGAACGAGUGGCUACAGUCUGUCCAAGCUAUGAUGAUCCUGUCCAUUAUCUUCAGCGUGUUGUCCUUGUUCCUAUUCUUUUGCCAGCUGUUUACGCUCACCAAGGGUGGACGGUUUUACAUUACUGGAAUCUUCCAGAUCCUUGCCGGCCUGUGCGUGAUGAGUGGCGCAGCCAUCUUCACUGUGAGACACACGGACUGGCAGCUCGCCACAAGUGAUACCUCCUUCGGCUUUGCGUACAUUCUGGCUUGGGUGGCCUUCCCACUGGCUGUCAUCAGUGGGGUGAUCUACGUCAUCUUGAGGAAGCGUGAAUAAUGAAGCAUGAGGCGGGGGGCCGAGACAAGGGCACUCAUGACAUCCAUGGAGGGGAUUGAGACGGGAAGAAAAGAAGACAAAACUUGGGGUGGGGGGGGAAGUUAACCAAACCCCCACCCCCCAAAUAAAAACCCAACCAAAAAAACCCCAGAAGGAAACACCAAGGGUUACUGUGUUAAUUGAAGAUGUAUAUAGUAUCUAUGGUUUAAAAAAAACCUAUUUAUAACACUUUUUACAUAUAUGUACAUAGUAUUGUUUGCUUUUGUUGACCAUCCGCUAUGUGUUAAAAGCCUAAAGAAAGUGCCUAAAGAACUAUUACUCCUAACAGUGUAACAAGAGUGCAGUAUUUUGGGGGUCCUUGUUUUUGUUUUACCCUGAAUGCGAAUGGAAUCCUCUUUGAAAGCUCCCACCUCGAGGCAACCCACCAAAGAAACCCCAACUCAGACCAGAUCUCCAGAUGGCGUAAAUCAGGGUCGCUCCAGUGGCUUGAAUGGAGCGAUGUCCAUUUACAUCAGCUGAGGAUCUGCCCUCUCCCACGAGUGCCACGGUCUUAUUACCUGAAGCGCAUGUAUAAAUACCAUGCCUCAGGAAUUUAGGAGCACAGAGCCAAAUUUUCAAACUACCUAAGUGAUGUAGGAGCCAAAGUCCUAUUAACUUGCCAACCACACCCAGUUGGAACUUGGGCUUCUAAGUCACGUAGGCACAUUUAAAAAUUUUACCUACCAGGUCCAUUGAAAUUUUACUGAAAUGAGUGUACCUUAACUCCUUUUUUUCUUUUGGAAGUUUCCCCUUAGAACACCAAUACUUUCCUGUGUUAGGCCUUGUGUAUAACCAACUCUCUCACAUACCCAUCCUCACACACCCAAACCACCCAAGAACUGUAGCCUAUGACCUUGAAAUGUAUUUUUUCCUUGCCGUGUAGAUAAAGAUGGGAAAGAAUCAAAACCAAUAUAUAUCUAUGAAAUAAAAUACCAAAUAUGUGAAAUGGUGCUAUCUAUUUGCCAUUCCUUAUAUCACUAGCCAUUUAACCUUACUCACUGGAAAUUCAGUUAACAAUUUUAUGAGAUAAAGAAGAUAGAAAUGAUAAAUAAUUCUAUGUAAUAUAAGUGGUCUAUAACUGCUUUUGUACUUAGACAAGUUGCUCUUAGUAUUAUUGUUAAUAAAGCAUUUAUAACCAAUUUUUUCCCCCUCAUGGUCAGGAGUAGCAGAAACAAAUCUCUGGAUGGAACCUGUAGGUCUUCAUCCUCCAGAGUCCAGCUUCUGUAAUCCUCUUUCUGUGCUUCAGAGGUGUGUCUGGCAAUGAAUUGUAUGGGCAUUUUACUGUAGAUUCAUAUACGGUGCCUUCUGAUGCUAAGACUCCAGACAUUCUGUUUGUUUUUUGUGUUUUUUUUUUUUGCUUUGCUCUUCUGAUUUUAUACCGACUGUGUGGACUAAGCAGCAAUGAAAUAAAAGUCAGAAUAACUCAA